AAUUGGUUAGAAUUAAAUAAUGAAAUUCCCAGCUUAGCAUCAAAGAAUUAUAAAUUGCAUCAAACAUUAACAUAGAGUUGUUCACAACAACCCAAUCAUAUGCUGCCACUCCUAGGAUCCAACAUGGCUCAAACACUAAACUGCAGAACACUACAACCAAUGGACUCAACUAUGAUCAAGUCACUGUCCCACAAUCCAAAAAACGCCAAUUCCACCGCAUUCACAAGGCACUUUGCCAAAAAAUCUGGUGUUUUUAUCAAGAUCAUGGCUUCUGCUACACCCACAGCAGCUCCUAUCACCUUUGGAUUCAAGAAUUUGUUGGAAACAUUCACUGUUGAUGUGCAUAGAGCAGAGAACAGGCCACUGAAUGUGCCCUUAAUAGCCCCUUUUACCAUUGCUACCUCUAGAUUGGCCAAGGUGGAGAACGUGGCCAUAAGGGUUGAGUUGAGCAAUGGUUCUGUGGGGUGGGGCGAGGCACCAAUUUUGCCUUUUGUUACUGCAGAGGACCAGACCACUGCCAUGGCCAAGGCUUCUGAGGCAUGUGCCUUCUUGAGGAGAUGUCCUGCACUCACUUUGGGUUCCAUGUUGGGGGAGAUUGCUGGUAUUCUUCCAGGGCAUCAAUUUGCUUCAGUUAGGGCUGGGAUGGAGAUGGCAAUAAUUGAUGCUGUUGCAAAUAGUAUUCGUGUGCCAUUGUGGAGGCUUUUUGGUGGGGCUUCAAAUACCAUAACCACUGAUAUUACAAUCCCAAUUGUUUCUCCAGCUGAAGCAGCUGAAUUGGCUUCUAAGUACUAUAAAGAAGGAUUUAAGACUUUAAAGCUGAAAGUGGGCAAGAAUCUGAAUGCCGAUAUAGAAGUGCUUCAAGCUAUACGUGUUGCACACCCUGAGUGUCAGUUUAUUCUUGAUGCUAAUGAGGGGUAUAACUCUGAGGAAGCAGUUGAAGUUCUUGAGAAACUACAUGAUAUGAGGUUGACUCCUGUUCUAUUUGAGCAACCAGUUCAUAGAGAUGAUUGGGAUGGUCUUCGGUAUGUCGGUAAUAUAGCAAGAGAGAGAUAUGGAGUAUCUGUUGCAGCUGAUGAGAGUUGCAGAAGCAUAGUUGAUGUUUACAAAAUUGUGGAAGGGAAUGUUUUAGAUGUCAUUAACAUAAAGCUUGCCAAAGUUGGGGUUAUGGGUGCCCUUGAAAUUAUUGAGAAGGCAAAAGCAGCAGGUUUAGAUUUGAUGAUUGGUGGUAUGGUUGAGACUAGACUUGCUAUGGGUUUUGCUGGCCAACUUGCUGCUGGCCUUGGCUGUUUUAAGUUCAUUGACUUAGACACACCACUUCUGUUGUCAGAUGAUCCAGUUCUUGAAGGCUAUGAAGUUUCUGGUGCCACUUAUAAGUUCACAAACGCUAGGGGACAUGGUGGAUUCCUUCACUGGGACAACCUUGCUUAAUGUAAAAGAUAAUUAUGCCAACACAAGAAUCUGGAAAAGCAUAAAUGGACAAGUUGGUUAAAAAUUGCCUAAUUAAGGUGUGAAACUGUGGUUACAGUACAACCAUACGUGAAGAUUUCUUGUCCGGAAUGAGUAGCCAAUACUUAUCCACAAUUGCUAUGUUUUUAUUUUUAUUUUUAUAAGCACCCCAAUUGCUAUGUAUUUAACUUAUUCGAUUCCUCACCCUUUUCUGUAAAAGAAACUGCCUUCGAGGUCUUGCACCAAAUAGUAACUAGUUCCUACUUUUUUUUUUUUUUUUUUGAUUGGGGAAUAACUAGUUCCUACUUGCUAAAAGCUAGGAACCGCAUAUGAUAUAUAUGAGAUAUGGAUGUAAUAUGAUAUGAACAUGGAAAUACAGCAAAUUUUUAAAAAUAGGUUUAAUUAUUGAA